GGACUUUUAUGGAGGAGCUGACACCUAUGUAAGCCUGGCUACCACCAUUCCUGAACUCAGUCGAUUCACCGUGUGCAUUGACCUGGUAUUUGUGGGUGGCAAAUCAAGUGGUUGGAUGGCCUUCUCCUAUAUUACUAAUAACACCUUUCUGGGUAGAGAAGACAUAGACCUUGGACUUGCAGGAGACCAUCAGCAGCUAAUAGUGUACAACUUGGGCAAGACCUUUUACAUCCAUUACCAAUUGACUCCAUUUCAAUGGCACACAAUAUGCUUGAUAUGGGAUGGUGUGAAGGGCAGAUUAGAGCUCUUCCUGAAUAAAGAAAGGAUACUGGUAAUGAAGGAUCAACCACAACACUUGACGCCUAAUGGGACUCUGGUUCUAGGACAUUUUCUCAAGAAAGGGGACAACCAGGUUAAAAGCAUGGUUCCUAGGUUCACCAACAGUUUGUACUAUUUUCAACUCUGGGACCACAUCCUGGGAAAUGAAGAGUUUAUGAAGUGUUUGAGUGGAAACGUGGUUAGUUGGGAAGAAGAUGUUUGGCUCGUCAACAAGAUCAUUCCAACUUUUGACGUGAGACUGCGCUGCUUUGUUUAUGAAAAUAUAACAAUUCAAGAAACAAGUACAACUCUUUCGCAACAAAUAGAUUUGACAACUCCAUCCCAAGUUACUGAACUAAAACUGCAAAAGACUGUCUAUUUUUCCACAAUGACGUCUAAAAGCAUGCCUGUAUUUGCAACCGAUUAUACAACUAGAUCGUAUUCCAAUACAAUAUCUCCACCUCUGGAAACAAUGACUACACCAAAUUCUUUAAAGACACCCAUAGCUGAGACAGCUACAUUUGCAGCAGACAUUUUGCCUACUUCAGCAGCCAUUGCUUUGUCUACCAAGAGUACUUCCAUUGGCCCUACUACCAAUUCUGCGAAAAUAACUAAAUCCACAUCUUCAGAGAGCACAAGGACAACAAGAAUGGCUGAAUCCGUUACUACUGAGACCUUUCAUCCAACUGUAGCUACUAAUUUCCUGUACACAUCUGAAUUUACCAAGAAUUCAACUGUAUCCAAAACUUCAGUAACUGGAUCUCAGUCGGCUGUUAUGAGGACAACAUCUUUAUUCUCAUCUAUUGAGUCCACAUCCAUGCCUACAACAUCUCGGCCCAAACACAAAUCCACAGGUAUUGGGGCAUCUACAGCUUCUGGAAGUGUACCUUGGUGCACCGUGAAACAGACCUCAGCUACAACUACUCACAUUGGGACUGCAUCAACACUGCCACCUGAGUCUGUGCUCAUCUCUACAGCCACUCCAGUGGAUUCUGUAUUUCCUGGAAAUCAGACAGCAUCUAUGUUGGCAACAACUGAUAUGGAAAUACCCUUUACAGUUUUUCCUACUAAGUCUAUUGAGAUGACACCUGCGUUAAGAACAGCUGAAACAAAAUCGACAUCUAUAAAUUUCCAGGAUGUCUCUUCACCCAGAGUGGAAGAUACAGUAUCUACCUCCACGCCAAAAGAGGCCUCUUCUAUAGCCCUUUCUUUCAGGACAUGGUCUCCAUUCACCAGAGCUCAGAGUGUACAGACAGUUAUUGAUGCUGAGACUACACACACAGCCUUGACUCCUGGAGUCACACUUGCACCUAUGGUGGCCCAAACUAUGCUUUCCCCCACAAUCACUGGGCCAGUAUACACCCAGAAUACACCCACAGGUGGUGAGACCAUGCUUCCUUUGAUUUCCACUGAAUCAGCUUCCACAUCCAAGGCAUUUCAGUCUGGUCCCACAUCAAUAACUGAUGAAGAUGACCAUCUACCUUCUACCAAUGAGAUCACUUGGACUUCCAGGCCGGACCAGACCCUGUUGACAUCAGCAUUCCAUGGGAGUACUUCUAAUACAGAACAUGCAUCCACAAAUACUAAUACUAUCAUCCCACCAGAAACAUCCACAGAGAAUGAGGCUACCACUACCACUGAUGCUACCACAGACAGACAUACAACAGUUCUAUCCAAUUUGACAUCUCCAAGGUUUGCUAACUUCUCCACAGUUACUGGAACCACAACUGUAACCAAACUGCCUGAGUGUAAACUUACCACUUUACUACUAAAAACCACUCCUACGUCCACAGUAGCUGAAAAUGAACUUCUUUCAACACCAAGGGAGACAGUUGUUCUGCCAGUAGAUAUAGUAUCUACCCUUGCUGACAUUGAACCGAAUUUUUCUACUGAGGAGAGUGCUUCUGAGAACACACAAACAGAGACAAAUGGUAUAAUUGCAUUUGGAGAGACAACAGACCCUGUACCAGAGUCUGCAACAACAGAAAGAUUCAAGACUCCUGUGACAAGGGAAGAAACAACUUCCCACUAUCUUACGGGAAAAUUGACUCCAGCAGCUACAACCGAGGUUUCUCCAUUUGCAACAAUGCUGGAAGCAACAGAUGAAUCUGUUUCCCCUUUUCUUGAGCUGACUGCUCGGUUGGAUAACAAAACUGCAACUACUGAGGUGAGAGGAAGUUGGUUUUCUACAAAAUUGGUAAAAACCACACCUAAGAGUUCAUACAAUGGAACUACAGAAAUCUUUAAUUCCACCCACAUCUACACAGCAAACUGGACUUCAGAGACUCUACCCAAGGGGAAUCCAACUCCAUCUCCCACUUCUGGGAGCACACAGUCACUUCCCAAACCCCUGGAUGCUUCCACCACACUGGGGACGAGUUAUGUCACUAUCCCUACAGACAGGACAGCUGUGUCCUUGUCUGCUGGAUCCUUCCCUCCACAGCCUGCAGCUAGCCAUUCCUCAGCACCCCUUGUGCCUAGUACCCAUAUGUUCUCCCUGCCAGUUCAUGUCUCUGCUGUUGCCUCUAUGGUGGUGUCUGAGGAGACUAAGGCUGUCACGCCUGAGCCUUCUACACUGGCCAGGGCUUCCUCCACAUCUCUGCCCUCAGAUGUCUCAACUGUGUCAUCAGCUGUGGUGACCACAGCAUCGGUGCCACCAUUGGAUCAGACUGCUUCCACCACCAGCGACACCAUACCUACCCACAGAGACUCUCUUCACACGGCUUCAGAGGCCACAGUGAUCUCUGUCAGGAUGACACCCACACCAGUGCCCUCUCUGACAGAGACUCUCAUCCCCUCGCUGAGACCUCCCACUCCUGUGGCAACUAAGGCUGAGACCACCCUUCUCUCCACCUCAGCUGACACAGUAACCCCUUCCAGACCAAUACUUGCCUGCUCUAAAUCUCCGCCUGACAACACUCCUGUGGUGUCCUCCACUCAUGUGACCUCAAGUCUGUCUACACCAUUAGCAACCCAACCCAUAUCUCAAGCAGAGGAGACUUCUACCCAUGCUCUGAGCUUUCCAUAUACUUUCAGUGGUAGUGGAGAUGCUGGCUUGGCUACUGGCACCACAGAAACUUCUGUUGUUGAUGAGACCGUGCCCUCACACAUCUCUGCCAACAAGCUUAUUACUUCAGGAGAUGGGUACAUCUCUCAACCUUCCACACGUCUUGUAAACACACGGGUCCCCACCCUAUUAGUGACUGACGAUUCUACCUUAUCCUCUAGCAAAGAGCAGAUGACCACCUUCCUGGGAAAGACCCCUAGAACUCCAAAGAUGACAGACAUGCCCCCACCAAGUAAUCUUUUUAUUUCAGUCUUCCACACUACAUCAUCCUUAGAAAUGACAGAUACAGGAUUUUCUGAGACCACAGAAGUUUCCAGUCAUCAAGCACAUUCACAUUCAGGGAUUCCAUUUGUGACUCCACCUAACAGGAGUUCGGCUUCAUCUCCCACUUCUGGGGGUACACAGACUAUACCUACCUCGACUUCAAGGAACACAGUAGAUGUCCACGUUUCAGAAAUGUCUACUGGUCUUGGGAAAACAGCUCUCCCUACACAAUCUCUGACAAUCACCUCACUUUUGUCUCCUGAAAAAGAAAGCCUGAGUGUCCCUUCAGUAUAUAUCCCCAGGACUGAAGAAACAAUAGUAAGCCCCACCCCUGUGACCCACCCUUUCUCACACCGCCAGGAUACUUCAUUUGUAGAGCCUGUAACUUCCAGGACCACCAGAAUAUCAAAUUCUAUAAACAUCAACGCAACUCGUUCACACUUGCUUUCACCUAGGACACAAGCUGAUGUGUCUUCGGUUGCCUCUUUCAUUUCUGAAAGCACACAGACCUCCCCCCAGUCCCUGUCUCUUUCCACAGCUCGGCUCUCUAGUGCCAGUCCCACAGCUAGCUGCCCUGACAGGGUCGCUACUGCCCUUUCCACUCCGAAUGUACCCGCAGCUCUCCGUGGGGGAAGCUCUAUGGCAACGUCCAUUCGUAUCUACCAGAUGUCCCCACUGCCGGUUCAUGUCACUGCCUUCACCUCUAAAAGAGUUUCGGACACUCCCGCAGCACCAACAACUAAAUCUUGCGAAACAGCACACCCGGAUUGUUGGAAAAGUUCCUCUGCAGUCACUUCUGGGCCUAUGUCUGAGAUGUCCUCAGUGUCAGUUCAUGCCUCUUCUCUCUCACCUCCAGCUGUUUCUUCUGAUGCUUCCACAAUGGUUGGAUCGUUUUAUACUUUAUUGUCUGCAAUUACCCCUAGGACUUCCAGGACCACACAAACAUCGGCAUUGGAUGUCACACCUGGGACAUAUGCUGGACCUACUUUAAAAACCACAGUGGUUUCCUCUGCUUUCACUUCCUCAGAAAUAACAGAGGUGUCCUCCAGGAUCACACCUACAUCCUUUUCCUCCUCGACAGAGCCAGCUUUUCCCUCUGUGAAAACCAUUCCAACCACUAUUAUGGCUGAGAUAGUGACUCCAUUCAUAGGCACCACUGCCUCCUCUCUACUCAGUUCUAAGAACACUGAAGCUAUUUCUUCCAUUCCAAAGACCACAUUUUCACCAUUUCUAUCAACAACCCAACAAUUACCCCAAGGAGAUGAGGCUACCACUCUGGGCAUAUUAUCUGGGAUUUCUAACAGCUCUCUAGCUACUGUGAACAAUGGUAAAGUGACAGCUCUUACAAAUACUUAUUCCAGGCCUGUUGACUCUGAAAGUGUGCUUUCAUCUACUCCUUCAGAAAAUCUCCAUACUUCCUUGAAUAUUCAGGUUUCUCCAUCUUUGACUAGCUUUAAGAGCACUCCUGGACCCACAAAAAGUGUAAAAGCCACCAUUUACCUUUCUUCGAAUACGGAAAAGACGACUUCUUUGUCAGAAAAUACUUCAACGGCUGAACUAACAAAAGGUGCCAUGUCUGUGAACACACCUGUUUCAUACCCUCCAUGGAUUCCAUCCAGUACAACUCCACCCUCUUUGACGUCGCUUCUUUUUUCACCUCAUAGUCCUGAAGCUGAGUUCUCCUCUCCAAAGACUUCCCUUCCUCCUACAUCUCAAAUGGUUGAAUUUCCAGUUCUGGGAACAAGAACCUCAUCUAGUAACACCCAGCUUCUGCUUACGACUUCCUGGAACACACCUACAGCUCAAUUUUCAAUUUCCACCACUACUCAUAUCCCAACACCUAGCAAGAUGGAAACAGAAAGUUCUUACCUUGUUCCAGAGACUUUGUCAACUCUCACAGCCUCUCAGACUGGUCUUGUGUCUGGAGAUGUUAUGGCAAUGUCAGCAGUUUCCACAACAGGAAUUCUUCCUACCUUGGGGGUGUCUGAGAGCCCUUCAUUGUCAAUAUCUUCAAGAUCUAUCCUUACUACUUUGGCUGACAUUAAGCACACAUUCGAGAAGACAACCACAUCUGUAACUCCUGGGACAACGCUCCCAUCACAUCCUUCUGGUGCUCCUUCAGGAUCUAUAAUUUCAAAGGUUACUACUUCACCUAUGCUGACUUGGAUCUUAUCUAGUCUCCCUUCAGGUUCCCCUCUGGCAACUAUGUCAAAUGCUCCUCACAUGAUAACUUCCUCUACUGAAGAGGUGCCAAAAUCCACAGUUCCGACUUCUGACAUAACACCAACACACCCGUUCACUAACAUUACAAUACUACCCUUUGCUGGUUCAAGUGCCAUACCCACCAAAACUAUCCCUACACCUGUAGUGGGCAGUCUCACUACUGGCUUCCCAACUUCUUUCCCUAUGUCUAUAAAAAUCACAGAUGACAGUGCAUACAUUUCCAAGUCCCCCGAAGAAUUUUCCAGAAUCACUGUGACUGCUGACUCCAGGACUGUGUCUCAACCUCUAUUCUUUAGCAGAAUGAGUAAGUCACCUCCUACAAUUGACUACACCCUAUCUAUUGGUUCCAUGCUUCUCCCUAGCUCUACAGCAACGUCUGCAUGGAGCAGAAUCCCAGCGGCAUCAGCAUCCCCUAAUUUAGUUCUUCCUAAGCCCACACAGGACUCCCUUCUAAACACAGCUGCCAUGACAUCCACUGCUCCUGGAGCCUCAUUUCCACUUAUACCCACUGGAGUAACACAUCCUUCUACAGCAACUGUGUCUUCACUACCCUUUUCGUCUUUUGAGACAACCUGGCUGGACUCCACACCUUCCUUUUUAUCUACGGAAACUUUGACUUCACCUAUUGCCGCUAUGUCCAAAGAGCCGGGAAAGUGCAAAGCCGAAGAAACAGCCUCUAAAUACAAAGGGACAUAUAAGUGGCUCUUAACCAACCCUACCGAGACAGCCCAAACUAGAUGCAUAAAGAAUGAGGCUGGAAACGCCACUAGAGUCUGCUCAAUCAAUAUCAACAGCGGCAAAUCUCACUGGGAAAAACCAAAGUUUAAGCAAUGCAAAUUGCUUCAAGAGCUUCCUAAUAAGAUUGUGGAUCUUGCUAAUAUUACAAUAAGUGACGAGAAUGCAAAUGAUGUUGCAGAGCACAUUUUAAAUUUAAUAAAUGAAUCCCCUCUUCUGGGUGAAGAAGAAACAAAGAUUAUUGUUUCUAAAGUAUCUGAUGUUUCACAAUGUGAUGAGAUAAGUAUGAACCUAACCCAGACUAUAUUACAAAUAAUCGAUGCUGCUUUGGGAAAGCAAAACAAUUCAUUAUCUGAUCUACAUGAAGUAAGCAAUGAAAUUCUGAGGAUAAUCGAGCGUGCUGGUCACAAGAUGGAGUUUUCUGGAAGGACAGCAAAUCUGACGGUGGCCAGACUGGCUUUGGCUGUCCUGCGGGUGGACCACACAUUUGAAGGCAUGGCCUUCAGCAUUCGCUCCUUUGAAGAAGGCACAGACCCUGAGACCAAAAACGUUGCGAAAGCAUUGACCACGUAUGUUGUGAGCGCCAGCAUUUCAGAUACGUCCAUUCAGAACUUGGCAGACCCAGUGGUUAUUACUCUGCAGCAUAUCGAAGGAAAACAGAAUUACGAUCAAGUUCAGUGUGCCUUUUGGGACUUUGGGAACAACAAUGAGCAAGGUGGAUGGAAUGCGUCAGGCUGUAAAGUAAAGGAAACAAACGCAAACUACACGAUCUGUCAGUGUGACCACCUCACCCAUUUCGGAGUCUUAAUGGAUUUAUCCAGGUCUGCAGUGGAUGCAGUGAAUGAACGGAUAUUAGUGCUUAUAACAUACACUGGAUGUGGAAUCUCCUCCAUCUUCCUGGGAGUUGCAAUGGUGACAUACAUAGCUUUUCACAAACUGCGAAAAGAUCAUCCUUCCAAAAUUCUGAUCAACCUGUGCACAGCACUACUGAUGCUAAACCUGGUGUUUCUGCUCAAUUCCUGGUCAUCGUCAUUUCCACAAGCGGGACUUUGUAUCACAGCAGCUGUGGCUCUUCACUACUUCCUGCUUGUUUCUUUGACUUGGAUGGGCCUGGAGGCAGUCCACAUGUAUUUAGCUCUAGUCAAAGUCUUCAACAUAUACAUUCCCAAUUACAUCCUUAAACUUUGUCUGGCGGGUUGGGGAAUCCCAGCGAUCGUGGUGGCGAUCAUACUCAGUGUGAAAAAAGAUCUGUAUGGGACUCUGAGCUCAACGACUCCAUUUUGUUGGAUUAAAGAUGAUCCUAUUUUUUACAUCUCAGUGGCAGCUUAUUUUUGCCUCAUAUUUCUCAUGAAUCUCUCCAUGUUCUGCACUGUUCUUGUUCAACUGAAUUCCAUGAAAACCCAAAGCCAAAAGACUCGGCGGAGGAUGAUCCUGCAAGACCUCAAAGGCACAACCAGCCUGACAUUCUUGCUUGGCCUCACCUGGGGGUUUGCCUUUUUUGCCUGGGGACCUGUGAGGAUCCUUUUCUUGUAUCUUUUUGCCAUUUUUAAUACUUUGCAAGAUGGUAGCAGCAGGUGUGGGCUCCACGUUGGGCGGAAACAGGAAAGACUGAAGAAAACCUUUGAGCACAGCUUGCUGCCACCAUCCCUCAAGUCAUCUGCAAUUAGUUCCAUUUUCAAAUCUUCAGGCUCCGUGCAAGGCACUCCUUCAGAAAUAAGCUCCCCAAAUGAUAACUUUGAUGAAGAUCCCAACUGUUUCUCUCCCUUGAGUUGUGAAGCUGUACCUAAUUGUGUGAGAAGACUAUUACCUGUGGAAAUCAAAAUGAAUUCCAUUGACAAACAAAGAUUUCUUCACUAAAUCCUGGCAGAGAUACCCACCUCCCCCUACCCUCAGAUUGGGGAAAAUGUUGAAUUUGUGAAGCCGUCUGCUCCAACUUUGUAUUCUAAAUAUUGUUUUGGAAGAGGCAGAAUGAGAUAGCAUUUAGUGAAUAUUAAAGUCAG